UGGUGGAGGGAGGGUUCCGUGCAGUUGUUGAGACAGUGGCUGGGACGUGACUGCAGAGUGGCAGGAACAGAAACCACUGGGCAACUGAUGGGCCACAGACCCCUGGAGUGGACACUAGCCACUCAGUUGAGCAGGACUGUGAGAUUGAUUUGUAUUUGUUGGGGGCUGGAGACACACCUGUGAGGGGCACGGAGAGAGGAGGUGCCCUGCAAGAGGCCUACAGAUGUGAGGACUGCCUUGGCCUGAGGACACUGACUGCCCCUUCCUGCCAGGCACCAAGAUCCCUACCUGGCAGUGUCUGACUGACUCCUCUGUUAACCAAGCCACCGAAGGUUGAAAAGGCCUAAAGAGAGGGCAGAUGGCUUCAGCUGGCCUAGAACUCCUGGGCAUGACCCUGGCCGUGCUGGGCUGGCUGGGAACCCUCGUGUCCUGUGCUCUGCCCCUGUGGAAGGUGACUGCUUUCAUCGGCAACAGCAUUGUGGUGGCUCAGGUGGUGUGGGAGGGGCUGUGGAUGUCCUGUGUGGUGCAGAGCACAGGCCAGAUGCAGUGUAAGGUGUACGACUCAAUGCUGGCGCUGCCCCAGGACCUGCAGGCUGCCCGCGCCCUCUGCGUCAUCGCCCUCCUGCUGGCCUUGCUCGGCCUCCUGGUGGCCAUCACUGGCGCCCAGUGCACAACCUGUGUGGAGGACGAAGGCGCCAAAGCCCGGAUCGUGCUCACAGCGGGGGUCAUCCUCCUCCUCUCGGGCAUCCUGGUUCUCAUCCCUGUCUGCUGGACGGCCCACGCCAUCAUCCAGGACUUCUACAACCCUCUGGUGGCCGAGGCCCUUAAGCGGGAGCUUGGGGCCUCCCUCUACUUGGGCUGGGCGGCAGCUGCCCUGCUUAUGCUGGGUGGAGGCCUCCUCUGCUGCACGUGCCCCCCGCCCCAGAUCGAAAGGCCCCGUGGACCCAGGCUGGGCUACUCCAUCCCCUCCCGCUCGGGGACGUCUGGAAUGGACAAGAGGGACUAUGUGUGAGGUGGAGCAUAUCCCCGGAAGCCUGCUGCUCAGAGCCUUGACCUUGUAAUGGAUACCCUCUAACCUCUGCCUUCUACCAUCAACCCCUCCCCCAGGUGAAACCCACUUUCCACGGAGCUCCAGCCAGACCCGGCUGAGCCCAGACCCUCCUCAGUGGGGCUUCCCACCUCCUGGUCUCCCCCAGCUUUUCCUGACCAGUUGCUUUCUUCUGCAGCUCAAGACUUAGGCUAGCCCUCCUCCUCUUCCUCUGAGGCCUCCCCUGCACCUGGAACCUGGGCCUCACCCAAAGAGCAGUAGCUCCUUGGCUUAAAACAAAGAGAGGAUCAUGCUCUGCCUGCCCUGGAGUUGGUCCCUUCCAGUCUCGCCACCACUAUAUCCAGAGGCCCAGCCCAGCCCCCCUGUCCCCCUCCCUGGAAUAAAUG